CGAGCAAUCCUUCUAAGAUUGCCUGAGUGACCAGCUUGACUGGAGACCAAAGAUCAGACAGGCCCCGAGCCUGUGACCCCCAGAGAGCUUUGUCUGAAAGGAAGCCCGAGAGGUGUGCUUAUUCUUGGAAUAGCUGGUGAUGAAAAGUCCACGGGGCUGGCAGAGGGACAGAGCUGCUCGCUGGAAGCAGGACUCCAGCAGGCAGCAAGUUCAGGACGCCCAAGAUUUGAUCCUGCUGGUGAUGAGAUGGGGACCGGACAGUCUGUGUGCUUCCCAGCCAUCGCAGGACCCCACCAUGUUGGCUGCACAGAUGUGAUGGAGGGUCAGAGUCCUGAGGGGAGCUUCUUCCGACUCUUCUACCCCUGCCAAGCAUCAGAGAAGUACGAGCAGCCCCUGUGGAUUCCCCGCUAUGAGUACUGCUUGGGCCUGGCUGACUACCUGCAGUAUAACAAGCGCUGGGUGGGGUCUCUGUUCAACCUGGGCAUCGGAUCUUGUCGCUUGCCUGUUAGCUGGAAUGGCCCCUUUAAGACAAAGGAAUCUGGAUACCCCUUGAUCGUCUUGUCCCAUGGCCUAGGAGGCUUCAGGGCGCUGUACUCGGCCUUUAGCAUGGAGCUGGCCUCCCGGGGCUUCGUGGUUGCUCUCCCGGAGCACAGGGACCAGUCAGCUUCAACUACCUACUUCUGCAAGCAGACCCCGCAAGAGAGCCAGCCCACUGAAUCGCUGGAGGAGGAAUGGAUCCCCUUCCGCCGAAUCAAGGAAGGGGAGAAGGAGUUCCACAUUAGGAAUCCUCAGGUCCACCAGCGGGUGAGAGAGUGCGUGCGGGUGCUGCAGAUCCUGCAGGACGCCUCUGGCGGGAAGACAGUCCUCAAUGUCUUUCCUGGUGGAUUGGACCUGAUGACCCUGAAGGACGGCAUCGACAUGAGCCGGGUGGCCGUGAUGGGACACUCCUUUGGAGGAGCCACAGCUGUUCUUGCUCUGACCCAGGAGGUCCGGUUUCGGUGCGCUGUGGCCUUGGAUGCCUGGAUGUUCCCUCUGGAACAUGACUUUUACCCCAAGGCCCGGGGCCCUGUGUUCUUUAUCAACGCUGAGAAAUUCCAGACAGUGGAGAGCGUCAACUUGAUGAGGAAGAUAUGUGCCCAGGACGAUCAGUCCAGGAUUGUGACUGUCGUCGGAGCUGUUCAUCGGAGUCAAACUGACUUUGCUUUCGUGAACGGCAACCUGCUUGCUAAAUUCUUAUCCAGUCACACUCGUGGGACCUUGGACCCUUAUGAAGGUCAGGAGGUUAUGGUGCGGGCCAUCUUGGCCUUCCUGCAGAAGCACCUUGACCUGAAGGAGGACUACGAUCAAUGGAACAGCUUCGUGGAAGGCAUCGGACCAGCGCUCAUUCGAGGGAGCCCACCACAUCUGUCCAGUUUGUAGGCACAACUGGCCAUUUGUAGGUCAUUCGAACCGAGUUUCCACGUAGGAGCUGCCCAAGGAUACUUGUAACCUAGUGGUAGGAUCCUUUCUUAGAGAUUGAGAGGAUGUAAUCAGACUCCUGAUUGGGCAGCUGGGCCCUUUGCUCUUGGAAUCGUUGAUCUUACAGCUCAGAGCAGCUUGCGAACAAAUCACUGGCUCACGGGAAGCUGACAUUUCCUCCCUUCCUCCUCCCUCCCUUCUUUCCUUCCUUCCUUCCUUUUUUUUUUUUUUUUUUUUGGUCAAAGACUCGUAUCCCAGACUGGCUUUGACACACAUUGUCACUAUGCCUGGUCUUUAUCCAGUGCUGAGGAUCAAACCUGUCUUGAGUUAAUGGCUGUGAAGUAUUAGGUGCUGAGGAUCUGUUCCCCAUGACAGUCAUCCCUGCCUCUGUCCCAGGGCCUGUUCACUUCAAAUAAGAACAGUGUCUAGCUGCUUGCCAGAGCUCGUUCUCUCGGCUUGGGGCAUUUCUUCUGUUCCAGCCAUAGUUACCACGUGGAAUCAGGAGCAAUAGAUGCCAUUAUUGCUAGCCCCCACUGCCACCACAGCCCCCACUCCCACGACAGCCCCCACUCCCACCCACCACAGCCCCCACUGCCACCACAGCCCCCACACCCAGUAUUUUUGGCGUCCAGUGCUCACCUCGAGGAAAAACCCAUGGAUCUGUGGUUGCUGCUACGCACUGACUUUACAGUGAUUGCUGUAUAAGUUAGGCCACUAUAUUAACUGAGCCACAUCCCCGGCCCUUGGCGAGUUAACUUUCUGAGGCUGAACUAAGAGAAUAAGUCAUGGGGUGGGACUGGCUGAGCCCCCAGCCCCAGGCUGAACCCAGUGAAGCCUGGAUGUGAAGACUUGACUGGGUGAGUUCACUCCCUCAUCAUGGGCUAGCAUUGCCUCUUGAAUGCAAGUCAUGGUGCCAAAGGCCAGAGGGGGACCCUUAGGGCCUGCAGCCCUGCCUGGUGUUCACCACCUGCCACCUGUUGUCCUGGUGUUCUCCACCUGAUACCUGCUCUCCUGGUGUUCUUCACCUGCUCUCCUGGUGUUCCCCACCUGCCUCUGGUGAGGUACAACACGAGGUCGCUCUCUGGUUUCUCACUUUUCACUCUCCCUGCUGUAUGAGAAACAGUAAUGGGCCCUCCGUCCUGUUACUCUUAGGAGCCCAUGCGGGGCCAACAGUAUUGUCCUCAGAACCCAGAGAAAGACACAGACACCAAGGAGUCCCUCAGAAGCUGAGCGCCUUUGAGGUUUUGCGAGUGUAUCUUGUCAGGAAACACCCUGAGGAGGUGGAGACAGGCUGUGGACUAUUAAUGGGGCCACGCUGCCAUUUGCACAGACCAGAGGGCACUGGGUUGGUCAGCUCAGCUGCGGGAAUGUUCCCAGGGAGAUCUGAGGUCAGCUUUGUCUUGCCUCUUACCUCCUGUGCCAUGAACUACCAACUUGUUCCAAAUAUGGGUACUUUAGUCAUCUGGGUUUUUUUUUAAUUUAUUUUUUUUUUGAGGCCAUCACCCCAAAUUUAAGAAACAGACUCUGCAUCCUGUCCUGUUGAAUAUUGGUGCUCAUGCUUGCCUAACGACAUGCUGUAAUAUGCAGUCUGUGUAAUCUGCAUUAGCAAGCCGGGAGCGCUGGAAGUGGCUUCUCUUUGUCCCCUUCACUUGUUAGUCGUGCUGAGCCAUAUGGAAAAUCUUGGGGAAGAAAGGCAGUUUUCCCAGAGUUCCAAGCUCUGUGGGAAGGCCCACCAUGAACUGCAUCUCCGCCAUACAAGACAUGUAUGUCACCCGAGUCUAAGGAGGGAACCCUAGGAGGGCAAGUUCAGAAGGGAAGUGGAUCUCUGCGUAGUAGUCCAGGGUCAGGGCCACCAAAUCAAGUCAGGAAGCGCUCUCUCUCUCUCUCUCUCUCUCUCUCUCUCUCUCUCUCUCUGCAGCUCUACAGCCACACAGCUGGGCUUCACCCUGGCUCCACCACUGCAGGAAUCAGGGCAGAUUCUGCUGUCUUCCCAACCUCAGUCCCCGCAUGUGAGGGCCUGUGUUACAAACUGUUGGGUGACUGAGUGAGGGGAUGCAUGACCCAUGGGUUAUUAAAUGUUUAUUUCCCACUUCCCACACAUGCACUUUCUAAUUGUCUGUGUAUCACAGUAAGAAUGAUGCACAUGAUCUCCGUCCUUCAAGAUCUGUUGAAACGUGAUUGUUGGCCCCCUUGACGUCAACUCUGUCAGUGUUCACUGUGUGAUUAAAG